AAUUCCAGAAUCUUCUAGUGUUCUAUAAAAGAUUUUCGUUCUUGGCAUACUUCCAAAUAAUUUGACUUAUAUAAAAGUUCGUGCAUCUGUUUUUUACCUUUUUAAAUUCGAACAAAUUGUAUUUAAUCAGCUUACGUUUAAAACCUAUAAGUAGUAUAAAAUGUCGGGAGACGUUGCAAAAGACUCUAAUCUUUUGAAAGAACAAGGCAAUACAGCAUUCAAGAUUGGAGACUGGUUAAAUGCUUUGCAAUAUUACACUUCUGCAUUGAACUUACUGAAAGAAAACACUCGGGAGAAAUCAAUUUUGUACAAAAACCGUGCUGCUGUGUACAAUAAAUUAGGUGAGUUUGAAAAUGCGAUCCGUGAUUGUAGUGCAUCAUUGGACAUAGUAGCAAAUGAUCCUAAAGCAUUGUUCCGUCGUUGUUGUGCUUACGAACAGCUUGGAAAAUAUGAAGAAGCCUAUAUAGAUGGUAAACAAUGUUUGUCAUCUGAUCCAACAAAUAAAGAAAUUCAGCCUGUUUUGUCAAGAUUGCAUCCAAUUGUACAAGAGAAGGUGAGAGAAAAUGCUCAACUGUCUAAUAAAAUUGAAAGCAUGUUCAAAUAUGCUUUUAAAAUUGAAGAGAGUUUGGAAAAACGUACUACAGCUAUUAAAAAUUUAUUGGUUUUAUCUAAAGAAUCAAGUAGUGGAAGUGUUGGUUUGUUAAAAUUUGGUAUUGUCAGCAAAAUUAAAGGUCUCUUAAAGAAUGAAAAAAAUAAUGAAGUACGAAUAAAUGCUUUAAGAAUAAUUGGUCAACUGUGCAAAAAUGAUGAGACUCGUACCAAGCAAGUUUUGGUUGAACUUGGUGUUCCUUGGUUUAUAGAUGCGUUAAAUACUGAAAAUCAAAAUGAAAUAAAUGGUGUUACAUUUAUCAUACAAGAAGCACUAAAUAGUUUAACAGGCAUGUCCAACACAUUAGAUAGUUCGCCAAAUGAAGAAAAAUGUGCAAAGAACUCUAAAGAAAUAGAUGCUAUUUUAACUUGCUUAGUCUGUUCUGUGGACCGACAUUCUAUUAAUAAGUUUGCAAGAGAUUCCAUUAUAGAAAUAUUAACAAGAAAUGUUCAUUUUAACAAUGUCAAUUGGGCUGAACGUUUAAUUGAUAUGAACGGAUUACAAAGAUUGUUGGAAGUAGCUGCUGAACUUACUGAAACCAGAUAUGAAUCAAAAAUGGAAAUUACUGAAUAUUCACACACAAACGUUUCAGUCUGCUUAUCAAAAAUUUAUGACAACAUGACUUGUGAUAAAUCUAGAGAGAAAUAUGUAAGUGCUGUUGAUGGGUUCCUGAAUAGAAUGCUUCUAGAUCCAGAUAUAGAAUCUAAAGUCCGAGCUAUAUCAACCAUAACAGUAUUACUUAUGGGUCCAAUAGAUGUUGGAAAUUCAAUUAUAUCGAGAGAUGGUAUUAUUGAAAUGAUUCUUACAAUGGCAACAACAAAUGAUAAAGUACAGCAAAAAAUUGCAUGUGAGUGUAUUAUUGCUGCUACAUCAAAGAAAAGUAAGAUCACACCAAUUGUGAAACAAGGUACUCAAAUACUUAAAAAUCUAUACAAGAGUGGUGAUGAUGAUAUACGUAUUCGUGCAUUGGUUGGCUUAUGCAAACUUGGUAGUAGUGGUGGAAGUGAUGCUUCUAUCCGUCCAUUCUCAGAAGGUUCUACUCUUAAAUUAGCUGAAGCUUGUCGUAGAUUUUUAAUACAUCCUGAUACUAAUCCAGAUACAAAAAGAUGGGCUGUAGAAGGGUUAUCUUAUUUAACAUUAGAUGCAGAGGUUAAAGAAAAGUUAAUUGAAGAUCAAGCAGCAUUGGUAGCCAUUAUGGGAUUAGCUAAAUCAGAGAAAACAUCAGCAAUGUAUGCUCUUGUGUCAAUAUUUGUCAAUUUGUGUAAUGCAUAUGAAAAACAAGAGGUUAUUCCAGAAAUGAUUGAACUUGCAAAAUUCUCCAAAUGUCAUGUACCUGAAGACCAUGAAUUAGAUGAUGUUGAUUUUGUAAAUAAGAGAAUUACGUUGUUGUGUAAAUAUGGUGUCAUCACAGUUCUUGUACAACUGUCCAAAACAGAAAGUUUAAACAUCAAAGAACUUAUUUCAAGGUUAUUCAACUCUAUUUGUGUCCUACCUGAAAUCAGGGGUGAAGUAGCUAAAUUGGGAGGUAUAAAGUCGCUCUUGGAACUUGCUCAUUCAGGUACAUCCAAAGGCAAAAGACAAGCUUCACAAGCUUUAGCUAGAAUAGGAAUUUCCAUCAAUCCAGAAGUCUCGUUUAAAGAACAACGUUGUCUAGAAUCCAUACGGCCAUUCCUUAGUUUAUUGCAUCCAGACUGUACAGCAUUAGAGAAUUUUGAGGCAAUGAUGGCACUUUGUAACAUGGCGUCUGUGAAUGAAAGAAUACGAAAAAAGAUAAUAGAUACUGGCGGUCUACCGCUCAUUGAGAGUUAUUUAUUUGAAGAACACCUAAUGCUUAGAAGAGCAUCUGCCCAAUGUUUUACCAAUCUUAUGAUGUCUCAUGAUGUCAUUAAGAUAAUUGAGGGCGAAAAUGAUAAACUAAAAAUGUUAUUUCUGUUAUCUGAAGAAGAGGAUGAAGAUACAUCAUUAGCUGCUGCUGGUGCAGUUGCAAUAGCUGUGUCAAAUAGUAAACAAUGUUGUCAAAAAUUAAUGAAGCUUAACAAUUGGGAAGAAUCUUUGAAGGCUUUAUUAGCACAUCCUAAUAAUGCAAUGCAGCAUAGAGCUUUGGUGAUUGCACAUAGUUUAAUUGGUACAGAUAAAGAAAUUGCAGAAAAAAUUUUUGCCACUGAUAUUAUGGAAAUAUUAAUGGCACUUUCAAUAAUGGAAGACGAGAAGAAAAAAGAGAUAAGAGAAAUGGCCAAUAAAUGUUUAAAACUAGCAGAAAGUUUAAAACUUAUAAAAAAAGCUGAUUUUGAAGAAGAAUAAACUAUUGAAUUAGAUUAUUUACAUCUUCAAAAUCAUUUUAUUAUUAACUAGUACAACUAUCUAAAAAGUUUGAAAAACUACUUCACAUUAAAAAUAAACCUCGGUAGUAUUACGACACUAAUCUUUUGUUGUUCCCACUAAAAGUACCAUCUAUAUGCAUGCUCUACUGCAAAAUACUGCCUCUGUGCGUAAGUUGAUAACUUAUGAACAAAAAUGUAGUGUAUCACAAUGUUCUAACUCAUUUAAAUAUAAUUUCAAUGUAAAAUUGUCUAAUUUCCAUGAUAUACUGUGUAUAGUAUGUCAUUACUUCUUUAUAAAUUAAAAUUUAAUGAUUAAUUAUAAUAUGGUUUUAUUCAUAUUUCUUCUUUUAAUGUGACUUACUGUACUCUUAUAUUCUUUGUGAAAAAAAUGUUUUGCUUUUGUUAUUUUAAAAGUUAUAAUACAAUAUUUAUUAUUGUAAUAUUUUUAUUUGGUCGUGUGAAUACUACAAGUAUAACUUAUUAGAAUUAAAUAAUAUUUACAGGGUAUUCAACUAGUAUAGUUUUGAUAUAUCAUUAAAUU